GGCGCUCAUCACUAGAAUCGCUCCAAGCCGUUCACCUGUCACCACAGCAACAGCAAAUCCCGGCUCCUUUCUCUUCUUUCUUCACACCAUUUCACAUGCUCCAUUCCCUUUUCUGUUCCUCCUAGCACCCGGGUGUCAAAGGGUCAGGGAGCGCAGAUCUUGCCGCCGGCCAUGGUGAAGAUCUGCUGCAUCGGCGCGGGGUAUGUGGGCGGUCCUACGAUGGCGGUAAUCGCGCUCAAGUGCCCCGCCAUCGAGGUGGUGGUGGUGGACAUCUCGGAGCAGCGCAUCGCCGGGUGGAACAGCGAGCGCCUCCCCAUCUACGAGCCCGGCCUGGACGACGUCGUGAGGCAGUGCCGCGGCCGCAACCUCUUCUUCAGCACCGAGGUGCACCGCCACGUGGGCGACGCGGACAUCGUCUUCGUCUCCGUCAACACCCCCACCAAGACGUGCGGCCUCGGCGCCGGGAAGGCCGCCGACCUCACCUACUGGGAGAGCGCGGCGCGCAUGAUCGCCGACGUCUCCCGCUCCGACAAGAUCGUGGUGGAGAAGUCGACGGUGCCGGUGAAGACGGCGGAGGCGAUCGAGAAGAUCCUGGUGCACAACGGCCGCGGCGUGCGGUACCAGAUCCUGUCCAACCCGGAGUUCCUGGCGGAGGGCACGGCGAUCCAGGACCUGUUCGCGCCCGACCGCGUGCUCAUCGGCGGCCGCGAGACCCCCGAGGGCCGCGCCGCCGUGAAGGCGCUCAAGGACGUGUACGCGCAGUGGGUGCCCGAUGAGCGCAUCAUCACCACCAACCUGUGGUCGGCGGAGCUGUCGAAGCUCGCCGCCAACGCCUUCCUGGCGCAGCGCAUCUCCUCCGUGAACGCCAUCUCGGCGCUCUGCGAGGCCACCGGCGCCGACGUGACGCAGGUGGCGCACUCCGUGGGCAAGGACGCGCGCAUCGGCCCGCGCUUCCUCUCCGCCAGCGUCGGCUUCGGCGGAUCGUGCUUCCAGAAGGACAUCCUGAACCUGGUGUACAUCUGCGAGUGCUACGGGCUCCCUGAGGUGGCCGGCUACUGGCGGGAGGUGAUCCGGAUCAACGACUACCAGAAGAGCCGGUUCGUGAACCGCGUCGUGUCCUCCAUGUUCAACACCGUCGCCGGCAAGAAGGUGGCCGUGCUGGGGUUCGCCUUCAAGAAGGACACGGGCGACACCCGCGAGACGCCGGCGAUCGACGUCUGCAAGGGCCUGCUCGGGGACAAGGCGGUGGUGAGCAUCUACGACCCGCAGGUGACCGGGGAGCAGGUGUCCCGGGACCUGGCCAUGAACAAGUUCGACUGGGACCACCCGCGCCACCUGCAGCCGCUGAGCGACACCGACCUGGCGAAGCAGGUGGGCAUGGCGGCGGACGCGUACGAGGCCGCGCGCGACGCGCACGCCGUCUGCAUCCUCACCGAGUGGGACGAGUUCAGGAGCCUCGACUACAAGCGCAUGUUCGACGCCAUGCACAAGCCGGCGUUCAUCUUCGACGGCCGCAACGUCGUCGACGUCGCCAAGCUCCGGGAGAUCGGGUUCGUCGUCUACUCCAUCGGGAAGCCGCUCGACGAUUGGCUCAAGGACAUGCCCGCCGUCGCAUGAUCGACCUCCGUCCCCCAUCUUGCCUCUUUUUCUCUGCUAAGUUAGCUCGUUUUCCCGGUUCCAUUUUGUUCUUCAGGGAUCAGAACUUAGUUAGCUGGGUAUGCAUUUCGUUGGCUUAUGUACGAUUAAUUAGCCACAUUCUUUAUUAUUUGCUUCUUUUUUAGGUACUUAUUAGAUAUGGAGAUAUUUUUUAAUUGUGUAGUACUAAUAA